AUGUUAAAACAUAUUAAAAAUUUUUUAACUAGAAAAGAAGAAAGAAAAGAAAAAGAAGUAGAGAAAUUAAAAGAUGGAGUAUCAAUAACUGAGGUUAAACAAUCGAACCUAGUAGUUUAUUCAUGCAAUGGUUGUGGAUCAGAGAUAUGGCCACCAAAACAAGAGAGAUAUGCAUGUAAUGAAUGCUCAAAUUUCGAUUUAUGUAGUGAGUGUUAUAGAAAAGAAAUGAUAUUAAUAAAUGGUACACAAGAAGAGAAAGAUAAAUUAGUUAGUGGGGAGAGUAAUAAUGGAAUAAAGUACGAGCCAGUGAGACAUUAUGAUCCAUCACCAUUACCUCAUCAAUUAACAUUAGAGAAUGAGACUCAAUUUCAAUUAGUUUAUAGUUUACGUGGUAAUUCAACAUUUGAAACAAUGGAGAAAUCAUUUAAAUACUUUAAAAACAGACCAUGUCUUGGUAUUAGAGAGAGAUUAGGAGAGGAUAAUGUUUUAUCAGAAAGAUAUAAAUGGUUAACAUAUGGUGAAGUGUAUGAGAAAUCUUUAACCUUGGCAAAGGCAUUAACUAAUUUCAUCGAAAGAAGAGAUUUCAUUUCAAUCUAUAUGGAUAAUUGCUUAGAAUGGUAUUUCACAGAUUUUGCAUCAUUAUGGGCCGGAUUAAUAGUGGUACCAUUACAUCAUGCUUCAAAUAGUUUUAAUCUUUUAGAGAUUCUUUGGAAUUCCGAAUCAAAAUGUAUAGUUUGUUCUGGUGAAUCAUUUAAAAAUUUAAUAGAACUUUAUGAUCAAUUGACUGAGCAAGAUAAAUUAGAGAAACCAAUAGUGUUGAAAUUGAUAGUUCAUAAGGAGGAUCUAUUCGAUCAGUCAUUAGUCGAUAGAUUGCCAAGUGGCGUAGAAUUUAAAACUUUCAAUGAGAUGAUUAAAAUUGGGGAAUCAUUAAGUCAGGCUAAAUAUGAAUUUGUCCCAGUUGGUCCAAAUGAUCUUUCCUCGGUGACUUAUACAAGUGGUAGUACUGGUGUACCAAAAGGUGUAAUGAAGUUAGAUUCAAUUUUCAAUUUACUAAUUGUCAAUUCCUAUGUUCAAUUCCCAAAUGCAGUUUAUAGUUAUAAUACCCUAUCACAUAGUCAACGUUUAAGUGAUUGGAGAUAUAUUUAUAUGGGUGGUAGAGUAGCUAUCUAUUCAGGUGAUAUGAAUCUAUUAUUUGAAGAUUUAGCCUUGGUUAGACCUCAUUCAUUUUGGGCUGUACCAAGAUUUUGGAAUUUAUUAUUCACCCAGUUCAAGAGUGAUCUAAAGCAAUACAUGUUUGAAAAUCCACAAUUGGAUGAAAGAACUGCCACACUCUAUUGCUAUAAAGGUAUUAGAAAGUUAUUAGGUGAUAGAAUUAAUAAUCUAGUGACUGGUGGUGCUCCGACUGCAAAUGAAGUACUCAAAUUUAUGAGUGAUUGUUGGAAAGAUAUAAACAUUUCAAAUUCUUAUGGUUUAACUGAAGUAUCAGGUGUUUGUAUAGAUGGUUAUAUCUCUGACGAAGUAGAAUUCAAAAUUGAACCAGUACCUUCUUUUGGAUAUUACCCAACUGAUUUACCACAUCCUCGUGGUGAAUUGGUUGUAAAAUCAUCAACAAUGUCUGCAGGUUAUUAUAAAAAUACUCAAUUAACUUCAGAAUCAUUUGAAGGUGGUUGGUUUAAAACUGGUGAUGUCGUAGAAUUAAUUGGAGUUAGAAAAGUUAAAAUCAUUGAUAGAAUUAAACAUGCCUUCAAAUUGGCAAAUGGAGAAUUCGUUACACCAGAACCAUUGGAAAAUAAUUUCGUUUCACUUUGUAUUAAUCAAAUUUUUAUUUAUGGUAAUUCACUUAAAACAUUUUUAGUUGCAAUUGUUAAACCAUCACAAGAUUGUUUAAAACAAUUAGGACUUCAAGAUAUACCAAUCGAUCAAUUAAUUGAAAAUCCAACUUUAAAAUCAAAACUUUUAUCAGAGAUUAAUAAAAUUUCAAAAGAAAAAAAACUAGCAAAUUAUGAAAUUCCAAAAAUUAUUACAAUAGAUUUCACUGAAUGGACAAUUGAUAAUAAAUUAAUCACUGGUUCUGGUAAAUUUAAUAGAGGUGAAUUAUAUAAAUUUUAUAAAAUUAAAAUUAAUAAUAUGUUUGAUAUAAUUGAUAAAAUUCAACAAGGUUUAAGAAAUAAUAAUAAUAAUAAUAAUAAUGAUAAUAUUAAUAAUAAUGAUAAUAAUAAUAAUAAUGAAUCAAAUAAAGAUAAUUUUGAAAAUUAUAUAAAAUCAAUUUUAAAUUUAGACGGUAGAAUUGAAGAUAAUAAUUUUAAUUUAGAGAAUUUAUCAUUUAUUCAAAUUGGUGGUGAUUCGUUAGGUGCUGUUAAAUUAUCAUCACUUUUAAAAGAAAAAGAAAAUAUUGAUAUUUCACCUUCAACAAUUUUAAAUCAAAAUUUUAAUUUAUCUUCAUUAUCGAAAUUAAUAAAUGAAAAAGAAUCAAAUCAAUCAAUUGUUGAAGAUUUUAAAGAAAAUUUUAAAAUCAAUUGGAAUGAAGAGAUGAUUUUAGAUGAAGAUAUUAAAAAAUCAAUUGACCAAAUUAAAAAUGCACAACCAUCAUCAACUCCCUCUUCAUCAAAAUCAACACCAUCACAAUCAUCAUCAUCACCACCACCAUCAUUAAAUUCAAAUAAUAUUGGUCAAAAUGCUUUUCAUAUGAAAUCAAUAUUUAUUACAGGUGUUACAGGUUAUUUAGGUACAUUUUUAUUAUUUAAUUUAUUAGAGGAUAAAUCAAUUGGUAUUGAGAGAAUUUAUUGUUUAGUUAGAAAUGUAAAGAAUGAAGAAGAAGGUUUUAAAUUAAUUGAAAGAAUAUUUGAAAAAUCUUGUAUCAAUGGUAUGAAUGAAAAGAUUAGAGAAAAGGUAAUUCCAGUUUGUGGUGACUUAUCAAAACCAUUUUUCGGUGUUUCUACUGAAACCUUCAAAAUGUUAUCUUUAGCGGUCGAUAUGGUAAUUCACAAUGGUGCCAUUGUUAAUAUGGCCUAUCCAUAUGCGAAUAUGAAAUCAACAAAUGUUACAUCAACUCGUGAUAUCCUAAGAUUAUGCACUACCGGAAGAGCCUCUUUUAAAAAGUUGGUCUACGUUUCAACAGUUGGUGUAUUCUUUGGAAAUGGUGAUGAAAAGAUAGAUGAAUCAACAGCACCAUCAACUUUCUUUUUAGAUCAUGGUAAUGGUUAUAACCAAACAAAACUAAUAUCAGAUAUACUUGUUAGAGAAGCGGCUUCAUAUGGUUUACCAACAAUGAUUUUCAGACCAGGUACAAUCUUUAGUCAUACCCAAUCUGGUUUCAACAAUCAAAAUGAUUCAAUCGGUUUAAUAAUUAAAGGUAUCCUAGGUUCGAGUUCCUAUCCAACUAAAAAAGAUUACUCUAGUGGCGAUUUAAAUCUUUCACCAGUUGAUUGGGUAUCAUCUUCAAUGGUUUCUUUAAUUAAGCAUCUUCCAUUUUGGUGUAAUAAUACAAAAAUUUAUCAUAUGGUAAAUGAUAAUCGUUUAUCUUUAGAUUUGCUAUGUCAAUAUAUAAAUAAAGAAAAACAAUUAGAAGAAAUUAAUUAUUUCGAUUGGAUCGAUGCUCAACUUAAUUCUUCAAAUAAUCCAUUGUAUUCUAUUAAACAUUUAUUUAAAAAGAAUGAUCGUUUCCCAAUUGGUUCUCAGUCAAUUAAAAAUCCAAAAACUAUUAAAGAUUUAGAAUCAAUUGGUGAACUUCAAUGUCAACCAAUAUCUGAUUCCACAGUAAUCAAUUAUGUAAAAUAUUUAAUCUCAAAUAAUUUAAUUCAAACAAUUAAUAAAUAA